AUGAGGGGUUCCAUUCAAUCUAGCCAUGCUAAAGUGUCAAACCAUAAGUUUCAUACCCUCAAGGAGAAGAUGGAUCGUGAUUGUGCACUACGAGCUUAUGAGAGAUAUAAGCGCACUUGUGAUGACUAUAUGGAAAACCAAAAGAGGACGUGCCGAGCAUCUAAAAAGAGCUCAUUCUACACCAAAUCAGUUUGUUCAUUUGAGAGGUCUCAUGACCAUAAUCGAGCUGUGAAUCCUAAAAGCUCUCGCAAUUGGUCAACAUAUGGUGAACCAAAAGAAGAAAGACCACUCAAAAGGGAUAAGGAGUCUAUUACAUCAAUUUCCUCAAAGUCUAAGGCUGCAUUUGAGUUAUCUAAGAAGAAAUCUUGGUGGGAUAUUUACCAACGUCUUCUUCAAGAAAAACAAAAGAAAAAGCCAGUUGAAAGGGUCGAGAUUGAGGAAGUUGUCAUUCAAGCUGAAAAGUGGAAAGAUGAAGUUGUUAGUGAGAAGUGUGAGGUAACACUUGAGGGUGCAUAUGAGAUUAAGCGAAGUCAAGUGGAGUUAGUCAUGCAAUGUUCCAUUCCAAAGUUACUUGUACAAUUCACUGGUCUCCAUGGAACUUAUCUUUGUGGAAUGCAACCAGAUUUCAUGUUUGUUUCCGUCGAAUUUGGUGUUCCCAAACCAGCAGCUGUCCAUGGUGAACUGCAAUAUAAUCCUGAGAUAGAGAAAACUGCUCGUGCAUUGAGAAAAGCAACAAGAGAACGAGCAGAGGCAUCCUCCUCAUCUACUGGACAUAAUUCAGUAGUAGAUUUUGUGGAUUCAUUUAGUGAGACGGAAGAGAUAGAUAGCACCAUGGCUAAUGAACGGACAUUGAGAGAAUUGGCUGCACCAGAUUUAAAUCAACAGCCUCUAUGCAUUACUUAUCCUACAUUAGAGGUUGCAUUUGAGUUAAAAUCUGGACUAAUCCAUUUACUUCCUUCUUUUCAUGGCUUACCAGGUGAAGAUCCCCACAAGCAUCUCAAAGAAUUCCAUGUGGUUUGCUCGACAAUGAAACCUCAGGGAGUCACAGAGGAGCAAAUUAAAUUAAGAGCCUUUCCAUUUUCCUUAGCCGAUAAAGCUAAGGAUUGGCUCUAUUAUCUGCCCUCUGGGUCAAUAUCCACAUGGACAGACAUGAAGAAGCAUUUUCUAGAAAAAUUCUUUCCUGCAUCCCGAGCUGCAAGCAUUAGGAAAGACAUCUGUGGAAUUCGACAAUUCAAUGGAGAGACUCUACAUGAAUAUUGGGAAAGAUUCAAGCAACUAUGUGCUAGUUGUCCUCAUCAUCAAAUUCCUGACCAACUCCUCAUCCAGUAUUUUUAUGAGGGUCUGUCCCAAACUGACAGAAGAAUUAUUGAUGCUGCCAGUGGGGGCUCCUUAGUGAAUAAAACACCCACGGAGGCAAGAAAUUUGAUAUCGAGUAUGGCUGCAAAUGCUCAACAAUUUGGAGACAGGCAGGAUAACACGACUCGUAGAGUCAAUGAGGUAAGUAAUUCUUCAAUAGAGCAAAGAUUAGAUUGUCUAACUUCUUUGGUUGAAAAGUUAGCUAUAGGACAAAUGCAGCAAUUGAAAACAUGUGGAAUCUGCUAUGGUUCGAGUCAUCCAACAGAUAUGUGCCCCACACUCCAAGAUGAUUCGACUGAGCAGGCUAAUGCAGUUGGAUUUCCAGGACCACCUCAGAGACGGUAUGAUCCCUAUGCAAACACCUAUAAUCCAGGAUGGAGGGAUCAUCCUAAUUUUAAUUAUGCAGUAAGGCCACCAGGAUUUCCACAACAGUCACAAUAUCAACCUAGACCUCAACUUUCACAGCAACAACCUGCUCCUAAAUCAGUUCAUAAUUUGGAGAAUCAAAUGAGCCAGUUAGCUUCCACAGUCAAUAGAUUGGAAUCCCAAUUAUCUGGAAAGCUACCUUCGCAGACAAUUGUCAACCCCAAGCAAAAUGCUAGUGCCAUCACAUUAAGAAGUGGCAAAGAGUUGCCUGAGCCGAGCAAGAAAAUUUCUGAACAAGCAAUCGAGGAAGAGCUCGAAAAAGAGGGGAAUGUGUCUCAACCUAGAGCCUUGGAACAACCAGAUUUUGGAGAAAAAUCAACACAAGUGGUUACACCUCCGCCUCCAUUUCCUAGUCGACUGGCAAAGUCCAAAAAGCAAGAGCACGAACAGGAGAUUUUGGACACUUUUCGAAAAGUUGAGGUAAAUAUCCCUCUUUUAGAUGCAAUUAAGCAAAUUCCUAGAUAUGCUAAAUUUUUGAAGGAAUUAUGCACUGGUAAGAAAAAGUUGAAAGGAAACGAGAAAGUGCAUAUGGGAGAAAAUGUUUCGGCAGUUUUGCAGAAAAAAUUGCCUCCUAAAUGCAAGGACCCAGGUAUGUUUACUGUCCCUUGCAAAAUAGGUAAUAUUAAAAUUGAAAAAGCUAUGUUGGAUUUGGGUGCUUCGAUAAAUGUUAUGCCUCGUUCUAUUUAUAAUUUGAUGAACAUUAGGCCUUUAAAAGAGACGGGCGUAAUAAUUCAACUGGCUGAUCGAUCAAAUGCCUAUCCUGAUGGAGUUUUGGAGGAUAUUUUAGUGCAAAUUGAUAAUUUGAUUUUUCCUGCAGAUUUUUAUGUGCUUGAUAUGGAGGAUGAUAAUUCUAAUUCAUCUCCAAUACUGUUAGGGAGACCAUUUUUGAAAACUGCUAGAACAAAAAUUGAUGUUUUCACUGGCACAUUGACUAUGGAAUUUGAUGGUGAUGUUAUUAAAUUUAAUAUUUAUGAUGCCAUGAAAUAUCCUGGUGAAUCUCAUUCAAUUUUUGUUAUAGAUGUAAUUGAUUCUUUGGCGCAGCAAAAUUUUGAAUUUAAUAAUGACGAUGCGUUGAAGUUUGUUUUUCCUUUUGAAUUGCAGGAAGUUAUUUUUGAAUUGAAUUCUCUUUGCCCAGAAUUUUCCAAUGUGUCUUACUUGGAAUUACCUCUGUCUCAUUCACAGCUUUUGCCAUCUAUUGUGCAAGCCCCGAAGGUGGAAUUAAAGCAGUUACCGGAUAAUUUAAAGUAUGCAUUCUUGGGAGAUGGAGAUACACUCCCAGUAAUAAUUUCCAGUAAAUUGACUGCUUUAGAGGAAGAAAAACUAAUUCGGGUGUUGAAGGACCACAAGGAGGCAAUAGGAUGGACAGUGGCUGACAUAAAAGGAUUAAGUCCAGCCACUUGCAUGCAUCGCAUCUUGUUAGAAGAUGGUGCUAAGCCUUCGAGAGAGGCUCAACGGAGAUUGAACCCACCAAUGAUGGAGGUAGUGAAGAAAGAAGUUUUAAAACUUCUUGACACAGGUAUAAUCUAUCCCAUUUCGGAUAGUAAGUGGGUAAGUCCUGUUCAAGUAGUUCCUAAAAAGACAGGAAUUACUGUUAUUGAAAAUCCUAAAGGUGAGUUAGUGCCCACUCGAGUUCAAAAUGGGUGGAGAGUAGAUAAGGCUAAGGUAGAAAUUAUCAAAUGUUUACCUUACCCUGCAAGUGUGCGGGAAGUUCGCUCUUUUCUUGGCCAUGCAGGUUUUUAUAGGCGUUUCAUCAAAGAUUUUUCAAAGAUAUCCCAUCCUCUAUGCAAAUUACUUCAAAAGGAUGUGGUAUUUCAUUUUGAUGAUAAUUGCAAGAGUGCAUUUGACACGCUCAAGGGAUCAUUGACUUCAGCACCAGUGGUUCGACCACCAAACUGGAGUCUUCCUUUCGAGAUAAUGUGUGAUGCCAGCAAUUUUGCUGUUGGUGCAGUACUUGGCCAGAAGGAGGGCAGAGCUUCUUAUGUCAUUUAUUAUACCUCGAGGACCUUGGAUGGUGCCCAGUGCAAUUAUUCGACUACGGAAAAGGAGCUUUUAGCUAUUGUUUUUGCUUUAGAAAAAUUCCGUUCUUAUUUACUUGGCACUAAAGUCAUUAUUUAUUCUGACCAUGCAGCUUUGAAAUAUUUGCUCAACAAGAAAGAGGCCAAACCACGACUUAUAAGGUGGAUUCUCCUACUCCAAGAAUUUAAUUUGGAAAUUAAAGACAAAAGGGGUGCCGAAAAUAUGGUUGCUGAUCAUCUCAGUCGUUUGAUCAAUAGUGAAGGACCUGCUCCCUUGAAGGAUAAUUUUCCAGAUGAGCAUCUUUUUGUAGUUCAAAAGACAACUCCCUGGUAUGCUGAUUUAGUGAAUUAUCUGGUUACUAGAACGCUACCUAAUGAUUUGUCUAGAGCUCAAAAGGAAAAAAUUAAAAGUGAUGUUAAAUAUUAUGUGUGGGACGAACCAUACUUGUGGAAAUAUUGUUCUGAUCAAAUUAUUCGCAGGUGUGUGUCUACAGAAGAGGUUCCAUCAAUUUUAUCUUUCUGUCACUCAUAUGCGUGUGGUGGACAUUUUGGCCCUAAGCGAACUGCAAGAAAGGUUUUAGAGUGUGGUUUAUUUUGGCCAACUUUGUUUAGUGAUGCAUACUUAUUUUGUAAAUCAUGUGCAAAUUGUCAAAAGACAGGUAAUUUAAGCCAUAGAGAUCAAAUGCCUCUUACUCCUAUACUGGUUUGUGAAAUUUUUGAUAUAUGGGGUAUAGAUUUUAUGGGUCCAUUUCCUUCCUCUUUUGGUAAUAUGUAUAUAUUACUUGCAGUUGAUUAUGUCUCAAAGUGGAUAGAGGCUAAGGCAACUAGGACUGACAAUGCUAAGGUUGUAGUUGAUUUUAUUAAAUCUCAUAUUUUUGUCAGGUAUGGCACGCCAAGAGCAAUUAUCAGUGACCGAGGGACACACUUCUGCAAUCGAGUAAUGGAAGCAUUGUUGAAGAAAUAUGGCGUCACUCACCGGGUUUCUACGUCCUAUCAUCCGCAGACUAGUGGUCAAGCAGAAAUCUCCAAUAAAGAAAUCAAGUCGAUACUUGAAAAGACGGUGAAUCCCAAUAGAAAGGAUUGGAGUUUGCGCUUAGAUGAUGCACUUUGGGCUUACCGUACAGCUUUUAAGACCCCCAUAGGUAUGUCUCCUUACCGAUUAAUUUUUGGCAAACCUUGUCAUCUACCUGUGGAAUUGGAACAUAGGGCAUAUUGGGCAGUUAAAAAUUAUAAUAUGCGAAUGGAUGAAUCUGGAGAACACAGGAAGUUGCAAUUGCAAGAGUUGGAGGAAAUCCGAAAUGAUGCAUAUGAGAGUUCUUGCAUUUAUAAGGAGAAGACAAAAGCAUUUCAUGAUAAAGCAAUUUCAAGGAAAAUUUUUUGUAUUGGUCAAAAAGUACUUCUUUUUCACUCUAGACUUAAACUUUUUCCUGGUAAAUUGCGUUCUCGUUGGAUUGGACCUUUUAUUGUGACUAAUGUGUUUCCUCAUGGUGCAGUAGAAAUUCAAAGUCUUCACACUGACAAGAUUUUUAAGGUUAAUGGUCAUCGUCUCAAACCUUUUUAUGAAGGAUUUCAAGUUAAUAAUGUUGAGGAGGUGACCCUUGCAGUGCCUGAACUCUCUGAUUGA